GUUUUGCAGAAAAACAAAAUAUCAGGAUACCCCAAGUUUUGAGUGUCAAAUAAAACAUAUCGGCUGGCCGUUAGCGCUCGUGCAUUCCCCAUUCGUACUUCGCAGGACUUCUGAUACUCUGAUCACUGCUACACAUUUGUGACUUACACCCACAAUUGGAUUGCAUAAUCUCACACAAUGCCAUCUACAAACGAACAGUCUCCGGCCAAGCCUGAAGAGGCCAAGGACCAUCAACAGCCACCAGAAUCGCGUGAUAAUGCUCAAGAAGCUGAAUCUCAUGACGAUACCGUGCCACAAGAUGAGCUAGCAGAUCCUGAAGGCGAGCAACAUGAUGACUACGACGAUCAAGAAGGAGAUCAACAGCAAGGUGAUGAAGACAACCACGACCAAGAUCAAGAGCAAGGCGACGAAGAAUUCGACGAACAGGAACAAUCUGGCGAGCAGCAGCAGUCACCCGCUCACGUAACGGAGCAGGCAAAAGUUCCUGAGCAGAAACAGCAGCAACAAGAGACUCCACCACCCGAAGACGACGACGCCACGACCGAAGUCGCCGACCAGCGUUCUCCUUCACCCAAGAAGGAGAAAGCAAAAUCUAAAAAGAAACCCGAGAUGCGCGACGUGGUAACGAAAGAGAAGCCGCGCAGGCCCAGCAGACGGCGCCGCAACCAACCAUCUUGGAUGGACGACGAGAACAGCAACACGAAUGCUGAGAAGCAGGUUGCGCCGCGUCGGCGCCGUCGCCAGAAGCAACAGGAGUUCGAUGAUGAGGACGACGAACAGCAGCAGUACCAGCAACAGUACCAGCAACAGCAGCAACAGAUGAUGAUGCAACAACAGCAGCAGAUGCAACAGCAACAAGUAAAAGACGCCGGCGGCAAGAAUCCGCUCAAGCUCCGAUUGGAUCUCAACCUGGAAGUCGAAGUCACGUUAAAGGCCAGGAUCCAUGGUGAUUUGACCUUAUCGCUUUUUGAGGGCUUAUAAAGCCUGCCUGGAUGCACACCUGCUGUAAAAAGAGAAGUGCCUGCGUGUCAGCAGCGAUUACUCGCGCCUGACAAUAUUUCCCCCACCUGUGGGAAUGUGGCUGGCCGGCUGGCUCGUAUUUGACUUUGCGAAUAGCCAAUUACUACGGAAAUUUGAUUUAGAAGGACCUAAUUUGUCGUCAGCGUGAUGUAUUAGGUCUAACGGAGCGAUAAUUUAGUGAUAUAGUAAUAAAGCGGGCGGCAGACUUGCAUGAGUAGUAAUUCCAACUGCAAAUAGAUCGUCGCACAUUGUACCAUGGCUAGUUAGCCCAUUGUUUAUCGGAUUUAUUACCUUGCUGACUUCUGUGUCAUCAAUGUUACCGCCCGAACUCACACUGCAACGAAAAGAAGUUUGAGACGAAUGACAUCAGACAUGGUAGAAUCGCUGUGCGCAUCUUCCCCACCAUGAGGUGAGAUGUGUGAAAAUGGCCAGCUGGUGAAACGGAUGAGA